AUGUCAGUGGAUUGGGAGAACUUCGCUGCCGCAACAGCUGCAUCCGCCUCAAGAGGAUUAAUUGAUCGUUACCCCCAGUCGGACAAGUUGCCUUCGGUGGAUUUCAAGCACGAAGCAGAUCGAGCAUGUCUCAGAGAUCUAUAUAUCACCAGCCCUCCGGAUGAUAAGGCCCGUAUUGAGCAGACAAAAGGCGGUCUUUUACACGAUGUAUAUGCCUGGGUACUCGAAAAUGACGCAUACAUGCAAUGGCACCACAAUCACGACAAUCAAACGCGUCUCUUAUGGAUUAAAGGCGACCCCGGCAAAGGAAAGACUAUGUUACUGUGUGGCAUUAUUAAUGAGCUACAAAGUACUACCAGAAAUCUAUGCUAUUUCCUAUGUCAAGCGACGGAUUCUCGCCUUAAUAAUGCAUCAUCAAUCUUACGAGGGCUCAUGCAUAUGCUUAUUUCCAAGCAACCAUCGUUAAUUUCCUAUCUAAAAACUGAAUACAGCAAGUCUGGGAAACUUUUGUUUGAAGAUUCAAAUUCGUGGACUAUCCUAUCGCGAAUCUUCUUCAAUAUGCUUCAAGACCCCAUUACCAAAGAUUUAACUAUUAUUGUUGAUGCUUUGGAUGAGUGUCUAGCAGAUCUACCACAACUUCUUGGCCUCAUACAAAGCUCUUCACAUCUUCAAGUCAAAUGGCUUGUUUCAAGCCGUAACGAGACAAAUAUCCAGGAUAUACUAGUCCGCAAUAACACUAAACUCAUUAUAAGUCUAGAGCUUAAUACAACUUUCAUAUCGAGCGCAAUUAGUCUCUACAUUGAGUUCAAGGCAAACAGUCUAUCAAAGAUAAAAAGGUAUACACCAGCUGUAAAAGCUUCUAUACAAGAAUACCUUUCACAGAACGCCGAUGGUACCUUUCUUUGGGUUGCGUUGGUCUGCGAGCUACUUGCAAAAGCUCCCUCCUUUGAUCCUCUUCCAAAAUCUGCCGAAUAUCCCCGAGGGCUCAACAACCUCUACGAGCGCAUGAUAGAAAAAGUUCUCAACAACGAAUCAGACUGGGGUAGGCGAAUUCUAGCCAUUAGCACUGUCGCGCGCCGACCUCUAAGCCUACAAGAGUUUGAGACUCUGAGCCCUUUCCCAUCAAAAGUCGAUAACAUCGAGCUCUUGGAAAAGCGCUGGGAGGAAGCGUUGGGCUAUUGUGGUUCUUUUCUAACUAAAAGGAAUGGUAUCAUCUAUUUCAUCCAUCAGUCUGCGAAAAACUUUAUCCUGGACAAGGCCUCCGAUCGACUAUUUCAUGGCGGUAUCGAGCUUGUUCAUAAGCAUAUUUUCAGCAUUUCUAUAUCUGCGAUAACGGCUACUUUAAAAAGAGACAUAUAUAAGCUAGCUAAGCCUGGCUUUUUACUUAAUGACCUGGAUGACACUCCGAGCCCCGAUCCAUUAGCUGCUGUUGGAUACUGUUGUAUCUAUUGGAUUGACCAUUUUGAAGACUCAAUAUCACGAGCCAGUGGCACCCAAGGCCAUGAGAUGAUAUAUGAAUUUCUCUUGAAAAGGUUUAUCUACUGGCUAGAAGCUCUAAGCCUUCUAAGGAGUGUAUACUACGGUCAGGCAGGAUUGCAGAAGCUGAAAAGAUUAUUACCUGAAUCAGAAUUAGUCUGGGAUGCCCAUCGAUUCCUUCAAAUGUUCGGCAAAGUUAUAGAAGAUGCUCCUUUACAAGUUUAUGUGUCGGCUUUACUUUUCAGCCCGGCUAAAAGCAUCAUUCGACAAUCAUUUCAGGCGGAAUCUCCCCAUUGGGUU